AACAAAUAAUUAAUGGAGGAUCUGCAUCUGCUGCCUCCUGGGUUUCGUUUUUACCCUACAGAAGAAGAGCUCUUGUCAUUUUAUCUGCAUCAUAAGCUAGAAGGGAAGAGAGAGGACCUUAACCAGGUUAUGGAUCGUGUUAUACCUGUUCUUGAUGUGUAUGACUUCAAUCCAUGGGACCUUCCACAACUCUGUGGAGAUUAUUGUCAUGGAGACCAGGAACAAUGGUUUUUCUUUAUCCCAAGGAAAGAAAAGGAAGCCUACGGAGGAAGGCCAAAUCGACUCACUGCUAUCGGAUACUGGAAAUCUACUGGUUCUCCUAGUUUUGUUUACUCUUCCAACAAUUGCUGCAUUGGCGUGAAAAGAACCAUGGUUUUCUACGAGGGAAGAGUUCCUAAUGGAAGAAAGACCGAUUGGAAAAUGAACGAAUACAAAGCUAUAUUACAAGGCGGAGCAUCGUCUUCAGCUACUGCACAUUCAAUGUUAAGGGCGGAAUUCUGUCUGUGUCGGAUAUACAAGAAAGCAGCAAAAUGCCGCCGAUCGUUUGAUAGAAGGCCACUUGGAGUUGGGGUGGAAACAGGCCAGAGGACUGAUGAACAAGGUCGUGGUGGUGAGGAAAUAGCAAUUACUCAUCAAAACCCUCCCAUGAUAGAGGGAAAAUGUUCACUUGAGAGUUCAUUUUCAGGAGAGCAGCUGUUGUUGGGCUAUAAUGACUCUCAAACUGAGGAAAUAAGUAACAUGCCAACUGCUUCAGAAAAUGAUCAGCUGCUUUGGGAUUGGGAGAAAUUAGAUUGGUGUAAUAAUGAUGGAGAGGAUAUAAUUUUCAUGUAGUUCUAUAUAACGAGAUAUGUUUGAAUCUGCAGAUCUGCACCCAGAAAGGAGCCUUGUGUAUAUAUGUUGUGAAAAUUAAACCCAAGCUUUUAGUUACUUCUGGACUAAAUAAUCCCUGUAUCUAAGUGUAGCAUUGUAUAUAUAAAUGCAUUUCCU